AUGGACGACGUGAAGAGACGUUUCGCGGAGUACAAGAGAGUGAGACAGCGGGAGAAACCAGAGCUGAGUGAGCGUCAUGUACAUACCUCUACAGAGGUAGCGGCUGGACGACAAGCGGAGACUGAUCAGGCUUUGCAACACACGACAGAUAAAACGUCGGAUAGUAUAUCACGUGACCCAUCUCCUCAAGUCACUAUCUCUAGCUCUCAGACAGGCCCCGGAGACCCUGUAAACAGUGCAUUUAGCCCUCCUCCGCCUCCCCCCUCCUCCUCCCUCUACUUCACUCUGCUGAAGAUACUCCUGUGGGUCAUAUUGUGGGGGUUCUUUGUCGAAGUAGGCUUUGGAGCUGUGUUCUUCGUAACCUCGCUCCUCUAUCUGCUGGUGACAUCGCUACGAGGCAGCAGACGCAAGCCCUGGGAACCCAGCGCCUACUCCGUCUUCAACAAAAACUUUGAGGCCAUAGAUGGAACUCUAUCAGCCGAACAGUUUGAAAGAGAACUGAGAUACGGACCAAUGAGCGUGAGAAAAUAG